AGGAAGUGCUUCUGUGUCAUAGGCUAGGCCUCAAACGUGUGUGAAACUCGCUGAGAUUGUAAUUGAUUCCAAUAAAAUGUGUCCUGGCUUUUCUAUACGCGCCGUAUAUUCGUGCUUCAUGAACUGAAACCAAUCGCAGCAUUGUCCUUGAAAGAGUUCAUCAUAUGGGUGAAUGCGUGCCGGCAUAGAUAAGAUGCUUUACUUCCUACUGCUGUAUCUGCGUGUGUGGAUGUAACGUUAGCAGGCUCGAUUUUUUAAUACAAGCAGUUCAAUAUGAUCAAGAGUGUGCGGCCCUAUCAAGAUGAGCCAUUGACUUACGGUAAAUUUCCGGAUGGGUUCGCGUGGGGGCUGGCAACGUCAUCUUAUCAGAUUGAAGGAGCUUGGAAUGAAGAUGGAAAGAAAGAAAGCAUUUGGGACAGAUUCGUUCGAGUCGAGGGGAAGAUAAAGGGAGGCGAUACUGGAGAUAUUGCGUGUGAUAGCUACCAUCGUUGGGAAGAAGAUGUCGCUCUCGUGAAGGAAAUUGGUGCGACUCAUUACCGGUUCUCCAUAUCUUGGCCACGUAUCUUGCCGGAGGGCAUCGGAGCUGUGAAUCAACUGGGAGUAGAUUAUUACAAUCGCUUGAUUGAUGCCCUGUUGGAAGCUGGGAUUCAGCCAAUGGCGACGCUCUAUCACUGGGAUUUCCCGCAGUGUUUGGAAGACAAAGGCGGAUGGUUGAAUGACGAUGUUCCGAAUGGUUUGAAGAAUACGCCGCAGCGUGUUUUGCAGCUUUCGGAGAUCGGAAAUACAGUCAAGGUGAAGUUGUGGAUCACGUUGAAUGAACCGUACAUUGCUGCGCUCGUGGGGUACGAGAAAGGAAUAUUCGCUCCCGGGAUUCAAGAUCCCGGAAAAUCCGCGUACAUUUGCGGGCAUAACAUGCUGAAAGCUCAUGCAAAAGCUUAUCGGAAGUAUAAGCAAGAUUUCAAAGGUCAAGAAGGUAAGCUGGGCAUCAGCUUUUUCACCGAGGCGGCUUUUCCUGCGUCUGAUUCCGAAGACGAUGUGAAGGCGACCAACAGAUACAUGCAGUUUACGCUGGGCUGGUUCGCACAUCCGAUUUUCAAAGACGGGAAUUACCCUCAAAUUAUGAUUGAUCAGAUAGGUGAGAAAAGCAAACUUCAAGGUUUCCCACAGUCUCGACUGCCUAUUUUCACGAGGGAAGAACGAAAACAGUUGCUAGGUUCUUCCGACUUCAUUGGACUGAAUCACUACACGUCGAAAGUCGUUUCACACGCCGUUGGCAACCAUGAAGUUGUCAGUUGUGCAGAAGACAGAGAUGUUAAACUUGAUUAUGAUCCUACUUGGCCAAACUCGGGAUCUGUUUGGUUGAGACCUGUUCCUCCAGGAAUGAGAAUGCUUCUGAACUGGGUGAAAGACGAAUACGGCAACUUGCCAGUUUAUAUAACUGAAAACGGAGUUUCAGAUACUGCUGGAAAUCUGGAUGACUUGCACAGGAUUUACUAUUACAAGCACUUCAUCAACAAUGUUUUGAAGGCUAUUACGUUGGAUGGAUGCAAGGUUGAAGGAUACUACGCGUGGAGUCUGAUGGAUUCUUUUGAGUGGACGGUUGGGUAUUCAGAAAAAUUCGGAGUGUGCGCUGUGGACUUCGCGGAUAAGAAUCGCAGACGGACGAUGAAAUCAUCCGCACGCUUUCUUCGUCGAAUUUUUGCGGACAAUGGUUUCUUGAAAGAUGGGAAUCCGUGGUAUGACGUCCCUGAUGCUAAGCACUACACGGGGCAGCGCUGA